AGGAACAAACACUUUCAAACAGCAUCACAGGACCCCUUCUUGCUCAAGCACUAUGAGCUACACACCCAGGGACGAGGAUGAUGUCAUGGUAAAUAUCCUGUUAGAAACCAGCCACACAUUGCAAUGCAAACACAUUUAUUAUACUAGUGUCCAUUGAUCAUUCAUGUGCUGAAAAUCAUAUCUGAUCAAAGAGAACAGGAACCAUGCCCUAAAUCACUGUACUUUCAGCCUGGGGUCUCUUUCUAAGUCAUCGUUUUUUGUUUUGUUUUGUAUAAACUUGUUUCAUACUGCUCCUGGAAAUAAGGCAUCCACCAGCCUCAAAGGUUUUCUUCCUGCUAAAGGUUAAAAUUAAAAACAAAAAUGCCUCUAGGUUACAGGUAAACAGGAACUGUGUGGGUUACAGUAACAAACUGCUUUUCAAACCUGUUCAGGUCAGAAAUAAACCAGAUUUAAAUUGGGUUUUAAAUACCAGUGCAAAUAGGAUAUUGUGUGCAAAAUUUGUAACUAACUUGGACCGUCGAUGGCAUGUCCCCACUUUGUACUCCAGAGGUAGUGAAUAUUUGUCCAAAACUGAUCCGUUUUUAGUUCAGAUCUGGUAAUCCCUAUCAAGUGUGAAUUUUUACUAUUGAAUUGUGAGCGUUGUCAAAGCAGUUGAAGAAAAGCCAGCUACAGUGAUGUCUCCUGCUUUCUGAGCCAGCAAAUGAGGCAUUGUUUGGAAGCAGUCUUGUCUUUGGUAUUGCUUGAGAAAUCCUCAGCUGGUUUAUGUACGUCCUUAGACCUAUUUUUACCAUUUUUCAUUUCUUUUGGAUUGUCAUUAAAAUUGUGUAACGUGGCAAUCUGAAAAAUAAACGAUUAGUUUAUAGUAUAACACCCACCUCAAGUACUGUCCAGUAUGUACUGUAUUACUGUUAUUUUUGCAGAUGAAUCAUAAUAGCUAAGCUUCCUCAAAAUAUAACUGAGACUCGCAUCCCAGAAUGCAGCGAGCUGCUAAAAGCCUGUACAUUGGUGAUCCCUGAUUGUCCUUCAGUUAGGCUCCCACACAGGAAGCUGUGGCGAAGUGCUUGCUUUUAAUUGAAUAGCAGGAAGUCUCCCGGUUUACACAGUAAAGUUGGCACUAGGAAUACAAAGGGAGUAAAUUAAUAAGUACUGCUGUAUUUGCACAAAGACUUCGCUGAAGCUGCAGUCCAAGCUGGACUUGGCACGACAAGGCGCCCUGAAUUUUCUUCAAGACAAACAAUGAAAGAUGACGAAAAUGCUUUUAAAGACAGAGAUUUAACUGUAUUAGGACAGGAGCAUGCUCCAGAUAAGCCUCCCAUCGGCACACCACGCAGAUCUGACUCUGCAAUAUCAGUCCGUUCCCUGCACUCGGAUUCCAACAUGUCUCUGCGCUCCACUUAUUCUUUGCAUGAAGAGGAGGAGGAGGCGGAGCCUGUGGUUUUUGCUGAACAGCCCUCAGUGAAACUCUGCUGUCAGCUCUGCUGUGUGGUUUUCAAGGAUCCUGUUAUAACAACUUGCGGGCACACCUUCUGUAGAAGAUGCGCCUUAAAUUCUGAGAAGUGCCCCGUGGACAAUGCAAAGCUCACAGUGGUGGUGAAUAACAUCGCUGUGGCUGAGCAGAUUGGGGAGCUCUUUAUUCACUGUAAAUGUGGCUGCCGACCCGCCUCCAGUGGCAAGCCAGCGGCCUUUGAGGUGGACCCGCAUGGCUGCCCCUUCACCAUCAAACUCAGUGCCAGAAAAGACCAUGAAUCAAGCUGUGACUAUAGGCCGGUUCGCUGUCCCAACAACCCUAACUGCCCCCCUCUCCUGAAGAUGAACCUGGAGGCCCACCUCAAACAGUGUGAACACAUCAAGUGCCCCCACUCCAAAUAUGGGUGUACAUUUAUAGGUAACCAGGACACAUAUGAAACGCACCUAGAGAUGUGCAAGUUUGAGGGUCUGAAGGAGUUCCUCCAACAGACGGACGAUCGUUUCCACGAGAUGCAGUUGGCACUGGCACAGAAGGACCAGGAUAUCGCCUUCCUGCGCUCCAUGUUGGGCAAACUCUCUGAGAAACUGGACCAGCUGGAGAAGAACCUGGAGCUCAAGUUUGAUGUGUUGGAUGAAAACCAAAGCAAACUGAGUGAGGACCUCAUGGAGUUUCGGAGAGAUGCAUCAAUGCUCAAUGAUGAGCUUUCCCACAUCAAUGCCAGGUUGAAUAUGGGAAUCCUUGGAUCCUAUGAUCCUCAGCAGAUAUUCAAGUGUAAGGGUACCUUUGUUGGUCACCAAGGUCCUGUUUGGUGCCUUUGUGUUUACUCAACCGGGGACCUGUUAUUCAGCGGCUCCUCAGAUAAAACGAUUAAGGUGUGGGACACCUGCACUACAUACAAGUGCCAGAAGACCCUGGAGGGACAUGAUGGGAUCGUGCUGGCUCUCUGUAUUCAAGGGAACAAGUUGUACAGUGGAUCUGCAGACUGUACUAUAAUUGUUUGGGAUAUACAGACUCUACAGAAAGUGAACACUAUUCGAGCACAUGACAACCCCGUGUGCACGCUGGUUUCAUCAAACAACAUGCUCUUCAGUGGAUCUCUCAAAGCGAUCAAGGUGUGGGAUAUCCUGGGCACCGAGCUGAAGCUGAAGAAGGAGUUGACCGGCCUCAACCACUGGGUCCGGGCACUGGUCGCCUCUCAGAACUACCUGUACAGUGGGUCGUAUCAGACAAUCAAGAUCUGGGAUAUUCGCACUCUGGAAUGUGUCCAUGUGCUACAGACCUCAGGUGGGAGUGUCUACUCCAUUGCAGUGACCAAUCACCACAUUGUCUGUGGCACCUAUGAAAAUCUCAUCCACGUGUGGGAUAUUGAAUCGAAGGAGCAGGUACGGACUCUGACUGGCCAUGUGGGCACGGUGUAUGCUCUGGCUGUUAUCUCCACUCCAGAUCAAACCAAAGUGUUCAGUGCGUCCUACGACAGAUCUCUCAGGGUGUGGAGUAUGGAUAAUAUGAUCUGUACCCAGACUCUGCUGAGGCACCAGGGCAGUGUGACUGCUCUCGCCGUGUCCAGAGGACGCCUGUUCUCGGGGGCUGUCGACAGCACCGUCAAGGUCUGGACCUGCUAAUUCUGAUGGUUGGAAUUUGGUCUUUUUAAAAAAUUGGGGGCCGCGGAGAUGCAGCCUUCAACUACCAGACUACCAGAUGGUUUUUAAUCACGGAUUUAUCCUGCCCGGGCUGUGUCGAUGACAAUACCACUAUCACAUGGUUGCCACUCUUUUUUAAUACUGUUUUAUUUGAUCAGUUGAUUUCAAGUUUAGUGCCACAACAUGAAGAUAAUGAAGAAGGAACUUCUUCAGACCAAACUGUAGCUACGUAAGGAUCGAUCUGAACUCGCCAGGCAUCGCCUGAAUAAAUUACGAGCAUACAUGUACUGUAUCUGCAGUGCAUGUCAAAGCAGGCACUUUCUUAUUGAAAACACAGUCACCUUAUGCUCACCAGUGUUCCUGCCAGAGACAGUUCUUAGUUCUUCAUACAUUCUGCAAAUACACUAGAGCAAUGUGGAAUUGGACGCUAAACAUGUGCCUUAUGUAAUCAGGUUAGAAGACAGUGUGGAUCUGUUCACAGGCUUCCCAAAGCACCAUGCUCAUCCUAAUGCGUCAGUGUUUAUGCCAAUGACAUCACUUGAGCCUGCAUCUUGCAUCGUGCUUACGUUUUCCUUAUUGGAAAGAAAUUUUAUGGAAGGGGUGGAAGGUGCUCCAGGAAAACCCCAAAACCUCCUGUAUCUCUUGAAAAGGACCUGUUUAUGUCUGCUUACCAUAUUUAAACAAUUUCUUCCAUGAAAUUAGCAGCACCCAUUUAGGAAUAUAAGUCAUGCUGAUACUUGAGUUGGCUUCUGUAUGAAUUUAAUUUUAUUGUCUUAAAUAAGCUGUGUUUGCAAGUAUUAAUGAGUAUGUGGAUUGGUUACCUGGCGUGAAAUAACAUGUUUUUUAUUAUUAUUUUUUUUUUUUUUUUUUAAUAAAGAUUUUUAAUUAUUAUUAUUUUUUUUGCAUUAAUGUAACUCGCAUUUUCAUGUGUCAGACUGGUUAAAUCCCAGUACAGUGUCAUUAUUUGAUUGAAGGAUAGUGCAUCAUUUUACAUGCCAUACUGUCAAAGCAACCGUUAUUACCCUUUCACUGUAAUUUUAGACCUUAGUAUUCAAAUUAAAUAACAAAUAGACAGCUAAUAUUACAGUCAUGUAGCUGUGUAAAGUUUCUUUAACAACCUGAUGAAACAAGAAGUGAAACUGUUCUAAACUCGUGCUUCUGUCUGUUUUGUAAGUAGGAUGUUUUAGUCAAAAGAUAAACUGGGCUACAUGUUCUUAACUUCAAUGUACCUUCUCGGGUGCAGAAUCUGCUUUUAAAAGGUUCUGGUUAGUUUCACAAUACGUAUUGCUUAAACGAUGAACCAUGGUUAAUUUUAAUGAACACUCACCCUUAUUACAGAUAUUUGCAUUGGGAUCAAUCAGGUCCUUUUUUUUCUAUUUUACUACUGUAAUUGAUAUAUUGGUUUUAUGUUCUACUCUGGAAAUAUGUUUACAUUUUGGUGUGAAGAGAAGAUUGAUCUGGAGCCCAAAAACUUGUAAGGGUAUUUUAAGAACAAGUAGGCCUUAUACACGAAGCUUUAACACGUGUGUGUUUUGUUUAUUUUUGAAUGAAAAAGAUCCCGUUCCACCAUUUUGUUAAUGAAACCAGAUAGUCCAGAAUCAUGAAUUAAAGCUUGAUGAGACAGGUGGCUUUGAUGUGCCAUUUCAACUCCAGUGAUCCAUUUGACUGAACUGUCCUUCGUUAUGUUUUGCUGAAUUUGUAAAAGCAUUUGAGAUCUGAGGUUGCCUUAUUCACUUAAAACAUUUCAAGCUAAAUUUAAACUCCAGAAAAAAGCAGUUCAGUCUUGAUAAUUUCAGUUUUCAGUGGAUUUGAAAACAAAGUAGGGACCAGCAUAACAAAGCUAUAUCCAUAGCACUUGCAUUAAUUGACCCUAUUUAAAAAAUGUUUUGAGGACUGAAAAGUGUUUAUUAACAUUCUCUUUUAUCAAAGUGCUUUGAAAAGUGAAAAAAAAGGUAAUCUUUUAAAAAAGGGCACUGCACACUGCAGUGUGUUUUAUUUGCAGUGCCAAUAUGUGACAUGAGAAAAUAAAACAUGUACUUUUAAUUUACCUACAGCGUAAAGUUUUCGACUAGUUCUAUGGAAAGUAAGUAACAAGGUACGAUUUUUUUUCAAAUAGUGUUUUACGAUUAAUCGUGUACAUGUUCAUAUUUACAUCAUGUUAAAUUGAUUUGACCAUUAAAAUUGUAUCAAGUUUGUUA